AUGAUGCUGUCUUCAGUCUUCGUCCUCCUCCUGCAGGUCUGCAGCCUCCGGUUGAUGGUGGGUGCCGUGCCGACCUGCCAGCUGCAGGGAGAACUGGUCCUGUCAACUCACCACCUGCUCAGUGACCUGGGGGGGACAUUUCCUGUCCACUGCCUGCAAUACAAACACAACAUUUCCUUCCCGGGCUCCGCCUUCCCUGCUGCCACAGCCAGUCACCCUCAGUGCCGCCAAGCAUUGUGGGUGGUGUAUGAGUCAUUGCGGGAGGCGGGGCUAAUGUUCGAAGAUCACGGCUUGCCUGUUGGAGAGGGCGGACUUACCUGGGACGAAAAGAAACUCGAGGACUUCCGAAAUGUGCAGGACCGACUGCUGGAAGAGGGAAGCUGUUUGUCCAGAGUUGAUGCUUCAGGUGUUUUAUCUCCUUACUUCAGGAAUGUGACAGCCGUCCUUCAGCAGCAGGACGCCGCUGAUUGUGGUUGGACGUCUCUGAGGAGAGAUCUGCUCUGGGUCCUAAAGUCCGCCCUUCAAACACACAAAGGUUGUUUAACCUGGAGAAAAGCCAACUGAUCAGGAGACGCCAGAAGAUGAGAGGACAGAGG